CGAGACGCUUCCCCCAACCAACGACUCAUGAGGAUGGGUCCAUCACUAGCCAUGGAUCUGCCAAAUGGUAUGCCAGAAUCAAUAUCAGCAAAGAAACGACGGCGAAAUGAGAGUUCCUUUUCAGCGUUGUCCAGCAACUUGAAGGAGAACUCGCAUGGCCCUUGUUUUUUCAACAUUCAGAGUGGCCAAGGAGUAGGGGAUAAGAUGGAAGAGAAGCUGGAGAAUCUGGUACGGAUGGAGGAAGAUUAUACGCAAGUUCAUCAACCUUCGUCACCGCUUUCGAAAGCGCCUCUUGCUUUUCCAAAAGCAAAGCGUGUGAGAACAUCAUUCAGCCCGCAACCAACAUUGGAAGAAUCAGCCACUACCCCUACUGGCACAAGCACUCCGCCACUACGGGGCACUGUCAACCGGUGUCACACUUGCUUUCGAGCAAAUGGUCCUAUGCUGAAGGUCGCCGACAGCUGCGCGAUCUGUCAGAAGAAGACGUGUGUGAUCUGUCUACGGACAUGCUCGCAAGGCGAGAGAUGUGCCGCUAGAGAAGGAAGCGAGUGCGACGAAGAAGGAGCGAAGAUUUGCAGAAAUUGCUGCGAUGAGAAGGGUGCGGAAGGAGAUGUCGUGUGUAAGAGGUGUGAGGAGGUCUGGACAUGACGCAUUGAGAUGGAAGGAAAGUAUUGAGCAUUGGGCAGUUGUGGAAGGCAAGGCAUUGGGAUAUCAUGGGCAUCGUUACUGGGCGUUUUCUGUCGUUUUCUACGAGGGAGCGGAUCUGGCAUUCGCAUUCGCAUUCACCUGCAACAAGAGCAGGGCAAGCAAGGACAGGAGUUAUAUCUUUAUCAUCAAAUCCAAAUCAUACAAGACGUCGUAACCCG